AUCGCGUUUCACCCAGCAACAAGACAAUGCCGCCACUAACGGGACGGAACCUGCUCCUGGAGGAGCCCAUUCGCCUCGCCUCCAUCCUCGAGUCGUCCCUGCACCACCGGGCGGCGGUGCCGUCGCUGACCAAGGUGGUGGGCACGGUGGGCGGCAGGAGCCGCAGCGUGGAGGCGCUCGAGGCGCUGCUGCGGGCGGGGAUGACGGUGGCGCGCUUCGACUUCUCCCACGGGGGCGCGGACUACCAGCAGCACACGCUCGACAAUCUGCGCGCCGCCAUGCGCCGCACCAAGAAGCUCUGCGCCGUGAUGCUGGACACGGUGGGGGCGGAGUUGAUGAUAGCCAACCCUGGCGGUGCGCCCAUCGCGCUCGCAGCGGGGCACGACAUCACCCUCUCGCCGUCCUGCUGCACCGCCUCCGCCUCGUGCCUGCCCAUCUCCUUCCAUGGGCUUGCCCAGGCAGUGCGGGCGGGCGACGAGAUAUUCGUGGGGCAGUACCUGUUCACGGGCACGGAGACCACGUCCGUGUGGCUGCAGGUGCAGGAGGCACGGGGCGCGGACGUGGUGUGCAGCAUCCGCAACAGCACCACGCUCGCUGGACCCUUCUUCACUGCCCACGCUGCUAGGGUGCGCAUUGACAUCCCAACGCUGACGGCGAUGGACCGGCAGCACAUAGCGACGUGGGGGCGGCGCAACAACGUGGACAUCAUCUCGCUCUCCUUCACACGCCACCCGGACGAUGUCGCACAGGCGAGGGCGCUGCUGAGGUCGCUGGGCGACCUGGAGCAGACUCAAAUCUACGCCAAGAUCGAGAACAUGCAGGGGCUGCAGCACGUGGAGGGCAUCCUGGAGGCAGCGGACGGCAUCAUAUUGUCGCGCGGCAACCUGGGCAUCGACUUGCCGCCCGAGAAGGUGUUCGGCGUGCAGAAGCGCGCGCUGGCCCUGUGCAACCUGGCGGGCAAGCCCGCCGUCAUCACGCGCGUCGUCGACUCCAUGGUGGACGCCCCUCGCCCCACCCGCGCCGAGGCCACCGACGUUGCCAACGCCGUGCUCGACGGGGCGGAUGCACUGCUGCUGGGAGCGGAGACACUGAGAGGGCUGUACCCGGCCGCCACAGUGGAAACAGUGGGCCACAUCUGCGCGCAGGCGGAGCGCGUGUUCAACCAUGCAGCGUACUUCAAGAGCACCCUCAAGGCCGUGCCCGACCCCAUGUCGCACCUUGAAACCAUCUGCGCCUCCGCUGUGCGCACAGCGGAGAAGGUGCGCGCUGCUGCGCUUGUCGUCUUCACGUCCUCCGGCCACACUGCCAGGCUGGUGUGCAAGUACAAGCCGUCCAUGCCUGUGCUGGCGCUCAUGGUGCCGCGUGUCUCCACCAACCAGCUCUCCUGGCACCUCGUUGGGCCCUUCCAGGCACACCAGUGCCUGGCAGUGCGCGGACUCUUCCCCAUCCUCGCCGAUGUCAUGAGCAGAGGGGGAUCGGCGGGCAGCAGCACAUGGGCGCCGGAGGAGGCGCUGCUGCAGCUGGCAUUGGAGCGGGGGCAGGCCAUGGGAGUGGUGCGGGCGCGCGACCGAGUGAUCGUGGUGCAGAAGUUACGGGAUGCCUUCGCUGUGCGCAUUGUGGAGGCCUUCACUUGAUGCAUGCAUGCCUGCUGCCCCCUUGCGGGCUUCCUUCACAGGGUUUAAGGUUUAGGCUCCGGCAUACAUGCUUCGAUAAAUACACUGCAGAAAGUUGGUUCCUUUUACAAUUAGUGGCUGGUAGGUGUUGUACGUGCUGCUCCGUGUGCUAGCCAAAGGCACCACAUGAUUGCUACCGUACUUG